AUGGUCUCCCGCCCAGGACCCACCGGCUGCGCCCUGUUCCUGCUCUGCUGUAUGGGGCCCGUGCUGUUCAUCCACAUGGCUCCCAUCAGCGUCCGCGACCUGCGGAGCAUCAUCAUAGAAUUGAAAGUCUCCUCUCAGAAACUUCUGGACAGCUACAAAGAGCAAGGCCUGCCGCCCACCGGGUUCCAGCUGCCGUCCUUCACCGCCGCCUGCCAGCACCUCCGCCUGCACCACAACGGCUCCGCGGUCCUGCCCUACGUCAGGGCCGCCCGGCCGCUCCUCCAGGACAAGCCCGAGUUUCACUACAUCGUCCAGCAGCUCAGCAAACUCAGCCUUCCGCGGGCGCCUGAAGCCAGCGUGGCCGUGCCCACCGACAGCUUUGACUAUAAAAGGUUCGUCCUGGCUGUCUUAAACGAGUUUUCCGAUUGCAUGAAACGGCUGUAG